AGAAGUCUUGUCCCAGUGCAAAUUGUAAACACGCAUGAUUGCUGAAGACGGACGACACACGAACACGAGCACAGAGUCAGAGAAGCAAGAAAACACCUCAUCAUGCCACAUAUUUCACCUUCUGCCACUGCCAGUCCUCUUGAAGAAGUCAGAAGGAAAGUGAAGCUAACAGAACACACAGUGGAAAAUGUAAACAGCACAGACUUCCCAGGAACAUAUGAAGAGUAUGAUGAUGCCUGGAGCCAGGAAAAGUUUGAAGAGAAAUUCCAAAUCGACAUUGUAAGUCUAUCCACCACUGAGAUGGAAUUUGAUAUGGUGGGUGUCGAUGCUGCAAUUGCAAAUUCCAUUCGAAGGAUUUUGUUGGCCGAGGUACCUACAAUGGCAAUUGAGACGGCUGCCAUUUGGAACAACACUUCCAUCAUCCAAGAUGAAGUUUUAGCUCAUCGCCUGGGACUCAUACCAAUCAAAGCUGACCCUCGCUUAUUUGAGUACAAACCAAAAGAUGCAGAGGCAGGCUCCAGCGAUGACACCCUACAGUUUUCUCUGAAGAUUAGAUGUUCUAGGAAUAACGUAACCACAGAUGCCACAGACCCAAGGGUUCUUUUUAAAAAUCAUAAAGUGUACUCCAGAGAUCUGGAAUGGGUUCCUUUACCAGGCCAGGAUCAUUUGAAGAACAAAGGCAUUGGUCCAGUGGACAAGGACAUCCUGAUUGCUACAAUGAGACCAGGCCAUGAGCUUGACGUGGAUUUGUACUGUGUGAAAGGAAUUGGCAAAGAUCAUGCAAAGUUUUCUCCUGUUGCUACCGCUUCCUACCGUCUCCUGCCAGAGAUUAGACUGCUGCGGGAAUUCCAUGGGGAGGAAUGUGAAAGGUUGCAAAAAUGCUUUUCUCCUGGCGUUAUAGAAGUGAGGGAGACCCCUGAAGGCAAGAAAAUGGCACGUGUGGUCAAUGCUCGGAUGGACACCUGCAGCCGCAACGUCUUCCGCCAUGAUGACCUCAAGGAUGGCGUUGUUCUACAGAGAGUCAGGGACCACUUUAUCUUUUCUGUGGAGUCCACUGGAAUCCUCCCUCCUGACACCCUGGUCUCUGAGGCGAUGAAAAUCCUCAUGGGGAAAUGUCAGAAGUUCUUACAAGAACUGGAUGACAAGGCAAACAGCUUCACUUCCAGCAAAGACAAACACAGAAAGGGCAAAAAGUCGUAGCCAGAGGACUUGGUGCGAGUGCAGAAUAACAGAUGACUGAAGGAUUCCUGCUUGCUGGGGAGGUUUUUUUAUUUCUAUGAUGUGAAUGUCAGCAAUUUGCAGCUUAUGGAUCUUGUCAAUAAAUAUGGCAACCCUUUAUUCAAUU